AUGGCAGAAAAGAGGAAACGUGUUGUAUUAGGAUUCAAUCAAAAAUUUGAAAUUAUUAAACGUUUGAAGAUAGGUGAAACUGCUACAAAUAUUGCUCAGAUUUAUGGUGUGGGGAGAACAACAGUGAAUGACAUAAAACGGGAUGCUGAAAAAAUUGAGCAACAUGUGUCGCAAAUGCAAAUCAACGAUGGAGAUGUCAAAAGUCGUAAAACCAUGAAAUUGCCCGAAGGAAUUCCACUUUCUGGUCCUAUUAUUACGACCAAUGCAAGUGAAAUGAAUAAAAAACUAGAUGGCGAUCCAAACUUCAAAGCAAGAACGGGAUGGCUUGAUAAGUUUAAAUUUCGUCACGUAAUUCAUCAACUAGACAUAAGUGGAGAGAAACUUAGUGCGAAUAGUGCAGUCAUUGCUGAAUUCAAGGAACAAUUUAAAUUGAAAAUAAAUGUGAUCUUAAAAUUGUUAGAGAACAAGUUUAUAAUUGUGAUGAAACUGGACUCAAUUGGAAAGCCUUACCACAAAAAACACUUGACAACAUUUUCGGAAAAAACAGCUCCAGGUCUUAUUCAAAAAGAUCGGAUCAAUGCAAUGGAUGCUAUAUUCAAUGUUGCCAGUGCAUGGGCUGAUUUGAGUGUUUCAAACUUGAAGAAUGGGUGGAACAAACUAUGGCCUGAAAUAAUACCGUGCGAAUCUGAAGAAACUGAGCCUAGUAGUGUUGAAGAAAUUGUACAAUUUUGUAAUAAUGGACUGCACAGUGAAAUAUUAUCAACGAAAGAAGUAACAGAUUGGUUAGAAAAUGAUAAGCAGGAUGGAGGAUUUGAAAUUUUGAAUGAUGAAUAA